AUGUCAACCCAAACCGGCCCGACGCUGGUCAAUUUUGAUGACACUACUACUUCCCCAUCUUCAACUACCCUCUGGUCUCCGACUUUUGUCCCCGCGGAUUCACCCCGGAAGCCACACUCGCUCUCCCCACACAAAGCCCAUCAACAGCGGCACCUACAGACAUGUAUCUCCUCUUCUAAGCCCACCGGCCAUAUCGCUUGUGACCUGGGGGAGUUUGCCGGUAACUUGUGGUUUGCCAAGGAGCAGGAACUUGGGCAACAAGCCACCAAGCACGCCUCCCAGUCGUCCCUUUUGAGCCGCAGGGAAGAAUCCACAGGACCUUGA